ACAAUAGAACUGCGGCUCGACUAUGAAAUUAAAAAUACACUCGAGCGAAAUCAACUGGAAAUCAAUUGUUUUAACAAUUUACGUGGUUGGAUCGUUCGAACGGCUGCUGGCUCCGUUCAAAAGUAAGGAAUGAACGCUACAACGCUCUAUGUUGAAGCGUGCAGAUGCAUGUUGUCGCUUGAAAAUGACGACCAAAUUGUUUGGGAUCAAAUGUUCCAUUUGCUACCGAAGCUUCGCCAAGCCCUUUCAUGUCGAGUCUGCCGCGGUUUACUGAUCGACCCGUACGGAUCUCACAGCUGUGAACACCAUGUCUGCAAAGGAUGUCUACGAAAAAAACGGGCUUUGACACCUGGGUGUCGAUGGUGCACAAACUUAGAAAAGCUAAUGGAAGAUAAACAGGCAAGAAUUCUCUUAGCCUGCUAUCAACAGCUUUGCGAAUACGUCGCUCACAAGGCGGUUGGUGCACAAAGACUUUCGACGCAAAAUGGCGAGUAUAACAAGACUUUGGCGAUCAUUAAAGAGGCGGCGACAAGUCCGAUCUCGCUCGAAAAUUUUCAGAGUCAACAGCAACAGGCACUGGUACCCGCAAACACCUCGGAGUCAAAUUCCAAAAUUUCCCCCUCUACGAGCGGGAAUUUUAACAUGGCGACCGAGUCACGUGUCACACCAGUCAAACUUCCGCCGGAAAUAGAACUGCUCCCUUCAAAAAGAGUGACGAAGUUGUUGUCUUUUCCAACAGGAAGUGACAGUCAGAAAGAAAAGAAAAGAAAGAGGAAACCUUUCAAAGGAAGUUAUUACAACUAUGGGAAGAAGAAAAAGACUGUCAGGCUCAGCACAAAUGCAACGCAUUCUUUUUGUGGUUUAGGAAGUGAGAAAAAUAUUUCCACAGAUUUUACUUCUCUAGAUUCUAAAACUGGAACUUUGCCACAAAAAGUUACAAUGGAAGAAGACGAAUGUGAAGAGAUUCAAGUUGUUGAUAAUGUUGAUCCUGAACCAAUGUCUAAGAUUGAACAAAAACAAACUGUAGUGGUGACUCCACCUGGAAAACACAGAAAGUACAAAGGAAAAGUAAAGAGGUGUUCUUGUGGUAUGUCGUCCAAGCUUCAAAGCCCCAGGUGACCUCUUACAGACAUUGAACAGAUUAGCCAUUGUACAUAGAUGUAACCUUCUGUAUUUAUUUAUUGUUAUCUAAACAUUGUUUUGUUAUUUACACUUAGCAGCCCGUACCAUAUAUCAGUAACAGUAUAACAGAACUUAUAAGCAAGCUUUCUUUGUGGGACUGUAAUCUUGUUCGUGCAGUUUUAAAGUAAAUAAUAUAACUUUUCGUGGUAGGGUGUUAGUCUGCAUUCAUACAUGCCCAUGUACUUCUAUUUACAGUGAUACUAUCAGCAGCCCCUUCUUUUUUUUGGCAAAGUCCAUUGUGUAAGUCAACAAAAGUCACAGAAAAAAAAAAAGAUGGAAGUAAGACUUUUUCAUGCAACUCACUCCCAGAGUUCCACACUGCAAGCUGACAUCAAUUUUUUAAAUAUUUUUUUACUUGCACAACAGACUUUGCUAAAUAGGAGGGAAUCUUGAUAAUUUGGUUAAUAGUUGUUAAACAUCAAGUAAUAUAUUGGUGGAAGUCGAGGAAUUGUUUAAGCAUAUCUCAUGUAGAGCAAUAAAGGUUGCUGUUGGAGAACUUUUUUGUAUUUUAGUUUUAGAAUUCUGUCAAUUUUUUUUCAUAUGGAAAUUGCAUAUUUACUUCUUUCUUUUUCGUGUUGUUGUUUUAUGCAGCUCGGAAGUAUCCUCAGACACUGGUUAUAUGUCUUGUAAAGGGAAGGGAAAAUCAGUUUGAGUUUGAGUUAACUGAUAAUAAAUGAGUGGAAUAUUU